GAGGAGGAGGAGGCACCGUGAGGACUUUGAAUUUUUAUUUAUUUUUUAAUUUAUGAUGUAUUUAUUGAAGAUGCUGCUGAGUCUGGCUGUGGCGUCCAUGUUGUUGUGUCAGGGUUUCUGCUCCGGGGUGUUCGAACUCAAGCUGCAGGAGUUCCUCAACAAGAAGGGCGUGCAGGGCAACAAGAACUGCUGCGGAAGGGGGGCCCCCGGUUCCUCUUUCCAGCAAUGCGAGUGUAAGACCUUCUUCCGGGUGUGCCUCAAGCACUACCAGCCUAACGCGUCCCCGGAACCACCCUGCACGUACGGCGGCGCCGUGACGCCCGUGCUGGGCUCCAACUCCUUCCAGGUUCCGGACGUCAUCCCGGAGAACUCCUUCAGCAACCCCAUCAGGAUCAACUUCGGCUUCACAUGGCCGGGGACCUUCUCGCUCAUCAUCGAAGCCCUGCACACGGACAACAAUGACGAUCUCUCCACAGAGAACCCGGACCGGGUGAUCAGCACCAUGACCACGCAGAGGCACCUCACAGUAGGGGAGGACUGGUCCCAAGAUCUUCACACAGCGGGAAGAACCGAGCUCAAGUACUCGUAUCGGUUCGUGUGCGACGAGCAUUACUACGGGGACGGUUGCUCGGUUUUCUGCCGACCAAGAGACGAUGCUUUCGGGCACUUCACCUGCGGGGAGCGGGGGGAGAUCGUGUGUGAUGCCGGAUGGAAGGGACAGUACUGCACGGAGCCAAUUUGCCUACCAGGCUGCGAUGACGAGCACGGAUUCUGCGAGAAACCCGGAGAGUGCAAGUGCCGCGUAGGAUUCAAGGGACGCUACUGCGAUGAGUGCAUCCGCUACCCCGGCUGCCUCCACGGAACCUGCCAGCAGCCCUGGCAGUGCAACUGUCAAGAGGGCUGGGGGGGGCUCUUCUGCAACCAAGACCUCAACUACUGUACUCACCACAAGCCAUGCAUGAAUGGAGCCACUUGUAGCAACACGGGCCAGGGCAGCUACACCUGUUCCUGCAGACCCGGCUUCACUGGCGCCAGCUGUGAAGUCCAAGUCAACGAAUGCGCCGGGAACCCGUGCCGAAACGGCGGGAGCUGCACCGACCUGGAGAACACCUACACCUGUACGUGUCCUCACGGUUUCUAUGGCAACAACUGCGAACUGAGUGCCAUGACGUGCGCCGACGGUCCGUGUUCCAAUGGCGGCCGUUGCAGCGACAACCCAGACGGCGGUUACUUCUGUCAGUGCCCCACCGGAUACGCUGGAUUCAAUUGCGAGAAGAAGAUCGACCACUGCACCUCCGGUCCCUGUUCCAACGGUGCUCGCUGUGUGGACCUGGUCAACUCGUACCUGUGCCAGUGUCCUGACGGUUUCACGGGCAUGAACUGCGACCACGCCGGUGACGAAUGCUCGUUAUACCCCUGCCAGAACGGCGGAACUUGCCAGGAAGGAAUCAACGGCUACACCUGCACAUGCCCGCCGGGAUACACGGGACAGAACUGCAGCUCACCCAUCAGCCGCUGCGAACACAAUCCAUGCCACAAUGGCGCAACGUGCCACGAGAGGAACAAUCGUUAUGUAUGCGCUUGCGUUCCGGGCUACGGCGGCCGGAAUUGCCAGUUCUUGCUUCCAGAACACGCCGCCAUACGUGGUUCCGAAGUACCUUGGAUGGCUGUGGGGUCCGGCGUCGCGUUGGUGUUACUGCUGCUAGCUGGAUGCGCCGUAUUGGUCGGGUUCUUCCGAUCCAAAUCACAACGCGGCGAUCCAGUCGAAGUUGUCGGCGACGGCGAGACGAUUAACAACAUCACUAACAACUGUCAGCGCAGCGACCGAGACCUAGCGAUCAGCGUGGCGCCGACGCCGGCGGUCAAAAACAUCAACAAAAAGAUGGACUUGUGCGGUAGCGACCCGGAUGAGGGAACGUCCCCCGAUAGGAGGAGCUACAAAACUCGUCAACCGCUAUCUGACUGCAACCUUGUGCAUGAAGUCAACUACGAGCAAGCCGCCAAGGAAGCCAUGUUGGAAGCGGCCUGCGAGGACAAGUGCCAUUCCUUGGACUCCUUUGAGUUUGAGGAGAAACACAGCAAGCGUUUAAAAUGCGAUGCAUCGGAAAAGAAUAUCCCAGAAACGUCCGCAUGUGCGGACAACAAGUACAAAUCUGUGUUUGUCAUGUCGGAGGAGAAGGACGAAUGUAUAAUUGCAACUGAGGUGUAAAACGGGGCCGACGACGGGCUCUGCUCAUUUUUGCUCUUUGGGAGAGUUUUUAUGCUCCCGGAUGAGAUGCUGCUCUAACGUCGGUCUGGGGGGGAGGUGUCCCGCCUGGAGACUGCUGCUGAUACCUGAGACCUUUAACUGAUAUUCAGACUGAGCUGGUUCUCGACUGGAAACUCGGCCUGUGGGAUAGGAACUGGCGGGGUGAUAAGAAAAAUGUAACGUUUACGGUUAAACGUAAACUGACACUUAGCUUUCUGUUCUGCCUCUUGUCGGGAAUUGUGGGUAAAAAAAAAAAUUGAAAUAUUAAGGGACAGGGCGGCACGGUGGUCUAGUGGUUAGCACGCAGACCACACAGCUGGGAGACCAGAGUUCAAUUCCUGCCUCGGUCAUCUCUGUGUGGAGUUUGCAUGUUCUCCCCGUGCAUGCGUGGGUUUUCUCCGGGUACUCCGGUUUCCUCCCACAUUCCAAAAACAUGCUAGGUUAAUUGGCGACUCCAAAUUGUCCAUAGGUAUGAAUGUGAGUGUGAAUGGUUGUUUGUCUAUAUGUGCCCUGUGAUUGCCUGGCGACCAGUCCAGGGUGUACCCCGCCUCACGCCCGAAGACAGCUGGGAUAGGCUCCAGCACCCCCCGCGACCCUUGUGAGGAAAAGCGGUAGAAAAUGAAUGAAUGAAUGAAUGAAUGAAUGAAAUAUUAAGGGACGUAGAAAGAUAAACGCGCAACGCAAAGCUACGAUGUUUGUUUUUUUUUUUUUUGCAACAUUUGCACCCAGGCCUUUUUCUCGAUCGUAGGCGCUGUGGCGGAGCGCAGGAACCGCAUCAAACGGCGGAUGUUUGGCCAUACUGGCCUGUUUUUUCAACGUACGUAAAUAAAUGUGCUUGCUCUAUGAACUGAAGUCCUCCAAACCGGCCCGACAUAGUAUUGUUUUUUUGUAUACGUUCCCUUGUCUUAUUAUUACUUUUUUGACGCUUUUUAUACAGAUUUUUGUAAAAAAAAAAAAAAAAAAAAAUUAAGAUUUAAAACUAUGGUUUAAUUUAAGUUAAUUUAAGUUAAUUUGUGUUAUUCUUAUUUUGUCUUGUAUAUUUGUGACGUUAUUUAAUUUCUUUCUUUAUGGACGAUAUUUUGCAAAGGCACUUCAGGUCAGUGGGACGUUUGUUUUGUGAAAGUAAAAAAAAAAAAGUUAUUUAAGAGGGAUUGUACUGUACAUUGCAUUGUUCUACGACCGCUUCCUGUACUCUUUGUCGAUGAAGGAGUUAGCCAAGACUAUUUUUCCAAAUAAAAGAUGCUAAACAUGA